AUGAAGCUGCCGUCCUUGGCGCUGCUUUGUUUCUUCAACUUCAGCAGAGCGGCAGGCCACUGCACGCCCGAGCUGCUUCGGGCCGACAACUCUGGCCAGUACUUUCGCUUGGUGAAGGAUGAAGAAGAGACCACUUGUUCGAAGUUGACGGACGGAGCUUGUCCGCUUGCCGUGCCCGCUCCCGGUUAUCCAUGUUUGGUGAGCUGCGUGUCUUCGGAAGAAGAAUGUGCACGCUUGAAUCCUCAAGCUCCGUCCGUCAAUCCGCUUAAGGACGACAAGCUUUGUACGAGCUGCCCAAUCACCGCAUGCAAAACUUGCCACUAUCAAGAUGAUUCGGUUGGCUGCAAGGCUUGUUUCGAGACUCGGCAAGAAUUGGCGGGUUGCUUGCAUGCCGCACUCGGUGGCGUUGCGAUGCGUUGUGGCCCCCAGCCCUAA